UUUAUUUACAUUUUUUCAUUUAUUGUUUGUUAUCGAUCGGAUAUCAUAAUUUUAUAAGAAUUAAAUUUUAUUAUAGGUACCUACCGAGUAUUAUGAAAAAGUUUUGUGUGUAUUUCUACACAAAGCUGCGUUAAAAUUUAUGUUUCGGUUAUAAUGCAUAGCCAGAACCAUUUUGAUUGCUACAAUUUUAUACCACAGCUGUUGUGUAAGUUUUAAUAAAAUAGGUCAACCUCGAUAUAUGCCACAUCAAACUUUCUACAAAAAAAUAACUACUAGAGUUAUUUAAGAUGAACGUUACCUCAGACUUUUUACCCGAAGUACGACCUGGUGUGUUCACCUAUGAAUCAUACACGAUAUUAAGUGAUUUUGAAUCUGGCAAUCUCGCUCGAGCGAAGUAUGUGCUCAAACAAACACCUGGCAUUGGUACGACGAUUAUAAAGUUGAAAUUUAUAUUGUGAGUAAGUUUGCUAAGAAUAUGUAUAAUAUAUUGUAGAUGAUGAUUUGGAAUUUCAUUUAUGGACCCGACCGGAUUGUAGUGGCACAGAAUUUGAAUGUAGUUCCAGGUCAUGGUUUUAUUUUGCCUUGCAAGGUACAAGCACAUUAAAAUUGAAUUAUAUUCAAGUUCGUAUUAUUUAAUUGAACCACUGUGUUAAAGGUGGUGUUCCUGGUAAUGCUGUAAGGUUAAAUUUAGUGUGUCUAAAUAAACAAAGUAAAAUGUAUAGUCAGGGCAUGGCACCCGUUUUUAAAAUAGAUUCAGGAACAUCUGAAAAAUCAAAUACAACCUUUUGUAAGGCAGCCUGGUCAAGAAUAAAAGAAAUACCAACUUAUCAGGUAUUAUUAAUGAAAUAAAUAUUUAUUCAUGCAUAUAGAUACCUAAUAGCUAUAUUCAUUAUUACAUUUGUAACUAAACUUUCAAGACUGAGAAUCAAACUAAUAAGUUUUUAUUUUCAAGCUAAACGAGACCCAUGAAUUUGUAUUGAGUUUUAGUCACCGUUCUUUGAAAAACAAGGAAGCUAUAACAUAUUAUGCUUUUACUUACCCUUACACGUACACUGAUUUGUGUAACAGUUUAAGUUUCUAUGAAAAACAAUUUCCAUUGCCAUCAGAUAUAAAAGGUACAUAAUUCCUUUUAACAAUUUUUACAAUUAUUAUGUAUUUUAACCAUAAUAAUAUUUUGUUAAAUAUACAAUUUAGAAAAAAAUGAAACCGAUAUAUAUUUUUAUCGAGAAACUAUUGUAAAAUCCUUAGAAAAUCGUGCUGUCGAUUUAUUAACUAUUAGUUCCUUUAAAGGCAUUUCAGAAGAAAGAGAAUGUCGUUUAUUUGGAUUGUUUCCAGAUGAAAAUAAACCCAGGUCGCAUAUUUUCAGAAAUAAAAAGGUAUACAAGUGAUUUUGAAAUAACUGAUAACUGUUUAUUAGUUAAUUGAUCAUAAAUAUAGGUAACGAGUUUAAUCAUUUGUAUAAUAUUUAUUUUAAAAAUCCAAACAAAUAGGUCAUAAUAAUGAGUGCUAGAGUACAUCCAGGUGAAACACCUUCUAGUUUUGUUAUGAAUGGUUUAAUAAAAUACUUACUUAGUAAAGAUGAACAUGCUAAUAUUCUCCGUCAAAAUUUUAUUUUUAAAUUAAUUCCAAUGCUAAAUCCAGAUGGAGUAGCUAAAGGAUUUUAUCGUACAGACACUAGAGGUUGUAAUCUCAACAGAUAUUAUCUUAAGCCAUCAUUAAAAUUGCAUCCAUCCAUUUAUGCUUCCAGGUUCUCUGUCGACUUAUCUACUUUUUACAUUAAAAAUUGAAUUUGAUAAAUUAAAAAUGUUAAUUGUUUUAUAGAUCAAUAAUCUUGUAUCAUCACUUUGGAUAUGAAUUACGAGAAGAUUUGAUUGAGGAAAAUUCAAAUAUAUUGGAUGCUUCUAUUUCUACAUCAACUUUAUGUAAUCCAUCUGAUAAUGAUGAUGAAUUAAAUUCUAGACUAAGAGAAAUGCUUGCUACAAAUAGCAUUGUAUAUGAUAAGAAAACCAAAAAAAAAACAAAACGUAUUGAUAAUCCAGUUCCACUGAAUAACUUACUAAAGAAAAGUCAAUCAUGUACAGCAGAUUUUUUUGCCAAAAAAGACAUUGAUUCAGGAUUAUAUUUGUAUGUUGAUUUUCAUGGUCACGCAUCAAAAAAAGGUUACCGACUUUCAAAGUUGCUUAACAUUUUUUUUUUUUAAGUACCAUCUUGUAUCUUGUACAUUAAAUAUCAAUUUUUUGUAAUAGGGAUAUUUAUGUAUGGAAAUCAUUUUGAGAACAUAACUGAUAAUAUUGAGUGUAUGAUUUAUCCCAAAUUAAUGUCCAUAAAUAAUCAACAUUUUCAUUUUACUUCAUGUAAUUUCAGCGAACGUAAUAUGUAUACUAAGUAAGAAAUUGAGUUAUACUUCAGUUAUUAUCAUUAAGGAAUUAUUAUGAUUAUCGUGUAUAAUAAUAUGUAAUCUACAUUUGAAAAAUUAAUUUAAAUUAAGAUUAAAACUAAAAUUAAACAUCAUUACAAACUAAAAAUUAUUCUGAGGAGAGAAUCAUUCAAUACAGUUCAAUAUAUUUGAAUCAAUUUCAAUUGAACAUUGUUAAUUUGAAAAUAAAUUACAAUUUCUUGUUUUUAACACAUUUUAUCAUAAGUAUCAACUUAAAACAUUUAUACAAAAUAAAACAACAUUAUAUUAUAGUACACCUCAUGAUAAACCCAUCUAAUUUUUAAACAUUUAUAUGAACCCAAAAAAAUGUUAUUCAUAAAAAACUUAUCUUUAAAAUGUUUUACUUAUGUUUGAAUAUUAUAAUUACUACCUAAUUUAAACUCUUAAUGAAAUUUUGCUAUAUUACACAUUAGUUACUAUGACAGUAAAUGCAAGUGUGGUGUUCUUUUAUACUUGUAUAUUGUUAUUUUGUAAAAAUUCAAUAAAAUGUAUAGUGAUUAUAUUUUACAUUCUAAUGAAAGAACAAACCAAUGGUAAUAAGUAUUUAUAACUUGGAUUUACAUUUUCAGAGAUAAAAAAUUUGGUCUUAGCAAAGAAGGAAGUGGGCGUGUAGCUGUUCUUAAAUAUACGGGUAUAAGACGUAGUUAUACAUUAGAAUGUAACUACAAUACUGGCAGAUUUGUUAAUUUUGUUCCACCUACAGUUCACUUUGUAUCUGAAAGACGGCCCAUUCAAAAUCCUGUUCCUCCAAAAUUUACACCGACUAUUUUUGAGCAGGUUGGCAUUUUUAAUAUGCCUAUAAUCUAUAUUUUAUAUUAUGGGUUUUUACUUUUGUGAAGGUUGGAAAAUCAUUGGCGAUUUCUGUUUUGGAUUUAUCAAAUUUAAAUCCAAACAGUCGGUUAGAAAACAGUGAAUUUAAAUCAUUAACAGGAUUAAAAGAACUGUUACGUGCAAAUAUUAUAAGUGAAUCUAACCGUAGCCAUUUAGGAUCAAAAUCAACGAAUAACAUUAAUGUUGAUACUCCAAUGACAUCAAAACAAGUACAUUUUUUACUAUACUUGUAAAAUAAUAUUCUUUAUUAUAAUAUGCUCUUAGAAAAGCAUCCAUUCCAAGCUUUUUUUUUUAGUUUUUAAACUUGAAAAAGAGAACUUAAUGACUCAUUUAGGUUGAAAAGAAGUUUUCAACUAUUUCCAACAUUUGUGUAUAAAUAAUUCAAAAUAUUCUAUAAGUAAGAAUAACAAAGUCUAUAAAAUGUUUUCAUUGUGGCUCUGUUAGUGAUUUAUUUAAGAGUUAAUUUAGUUUAAAAAUAUGUUGCUUAGCAUUGUAGUAGCAUUGUGUCUUAUUCAAAGAUCAAUAAAAAUUGCCAUUCUAUCAUUUGAAACCAUUGUAUAUUAAUUAUUAUUAUAAUUUUUAAUGCUAAUCAAAUGUUUGUUGUGUAAAUUAUAAAUUAUUUAAUCUGCCGUUUAAUACGAGAUUGAAUUUUGCCUGAUAAUUUAAACUAUACAAUUUUUUUAGAUAAAAAAAUCUUCAAUAGCAUAUGAUCUGAUGAAGCCAUCCACAUCAAAAUUAUUGCAACCAAUUAUGACUAUUGCGGUUGCACCAAAAAGCAAAUCAGCUCCUCUUCGUAAAACUAUUAAAAAACCAUCAAGUGGAGGAAUAUUGAAAAAAAUUCCCAAAAAACGCAAAAUGACUACUAGCAAACAAAAAGCAGUUACAAGUUCUGCCGAUAGUGCAUUGAAACUAUGGCAUUUAGAAAAAAAACUUGAUAUGACUCCUUUGCGUAAAUUAGGAACUGAACAGUGGCAAAAGAAAAAAUAAUUUCUUGUUUCUAUUUAAAAAUGUGUUAAACAUUUUGUAUAACUAUUAACUAAAUAAUUUUAAUAAAUAACUACAUUUUAGUUUAUAGGUCUUUAUAUUCAAUAUUUUAUAUUAAUUUUAAGUUCAUAUACCUACAUCGUACAUUUAUCAAGGUUUGUAUUUUAUAAGGUGCUAUAAUGAUCAAUUAAUACUAUAAUUUUUCCAAUACUUCCUUAAUUAAACCCAUUUAUGUUUAAACAUUUCUAAAAGACUGUUUGUUUGUUUAUAUAUUUAUUUGUUUUUUUAUUUAUUUAUUUGUUUAUUUAACCUCGUUAAUUCAUUUAUAGUUUUAUAUAUCUAUUGAAAUAAAAUAAAUAUUAGUCAGUUUACCUA